UUCAAGUGAGCACCAGAUAGUAUCAAGUGUGCACCACAUAGUAUCAAGUGCGCACCAGAUAGUUUCACGUGAGCACCAGAUAGUAUCAAGUGAGCACCAGAUAGUAUCAAGUGAGCACCAGAUAGUUUCAAGUGCGCACCAGAUAGUUUCAUGUGAGCACCAGAUAGUUUCAAGUGCGCACCAGAUAGUUUCAAGUGCGCACCACAUAGUAUCAAGUGAGCACCAGAUAGUUUCAAGUGAGCACCAGAUAGUAUCAAGUGAGCACCAGAUAGUUUCAAGAGCGCGAAUGAUACUUGCGCGUGUGCACCAGAAACUAUUCCAUGCGCACCCCUUGAUACUGUUACGGGCCUCACAUAUGGGCUUUGUAUAGGGAUUAUAAGAUAUUAAAAAAAUAUCUGUCAGUGCACAGUUUCACGUAUAAAGUUCAUAAUGGAGAAAGGCAUUUUUGAAUUUUUAGAGUCGAGAAACGUUGCAAAAGAAGACAUACAGAGACUCAAAGACGACAAGAUUGACAUGAGUGUCAUAACUGUCAUGAGUGAUGAAGAACUCAGAGCAUAUAUCCCCAAAUAUGGAGAUUGUAUUGCAGUGAGAGCUUUUUGUCAUCAGAACACUGCUCUAGGUGCCAGUGGGGGAGAAUCAACUGCAAAAUCAUUGAUCCUGCAAAGAUUAAAGGCAAACUUUAAAAAAGCAGCAGAAGAGGUUACUGAUAACAAGUAUAUAUCGAAAAGAUCAUUUGCCUUUGGAAAUAAGUAUGCAUCAAAAGAUAAUCGCCGUCUGGAAAUGGGGUGGUUGAAUUUCCAGGAUGGAGAGUAUCACCAAAUACGAACAAAAAACGGAGGAGGAACAAGACACCUGGCUGCCAAAAAAAAUACAACAGUUGAAGAACUUCUUGGUGUUGGGAAGCAGCUGUUUUUCCCAAAAGGCAUUUCUUCAAAAGGGUCUGCAGAUGAAUUUGUUUUUGAAAUUCGUGACUUUGCUCAAAAUAUUGUGUUUCCAGAAGUCACACUGUGUCAGCUUUAUGAACAGAGUAAACUACGAAUGUUACGUCUAUAUCUUUGUUCAAAGAAAACAGAUAUUGAUGAGCGGCUAGCCCUUGUCAUUUCUUCAGAUACAGAUUCUGACUUUGUGCCUGAUGGGUCAACCCAGAUCAAUUUGAGAAAGGCCAGUGUAAUGAAAAGAAAACCAAAACUAAGAAAGCAGAGCUAUGUUCGAGUUGAUGAAAAGAUUGAUGGUCAUUCCCAUGGAAACAUAUCUUCAGUUCUUGAGAUGGAUGAAUCACAGCACAAAGAGCAGAGUGUGGUCACUACAGUAAAAAGGAAAUCAGUAAGAAAGAUGAAGUGGACAGAUAAUAAAGUGCAUGAAAAUUAUGAUGGUAGUGGUCAUGGAAGAAUAUCUUCAGAUACUGACCAUGAUGAAUGCCCACAUGAGCAGCUGAGCAGGUUUGUAUCCAGCUCGCCUAUUGAUAAUUCUGACAAACUUGAAAUUGCACUUGCUAUUGACACAUCAUUGGAAGAUCCUGAGAUUCAGUUUGGCAACAUGUAUGAUAACAGUGAGAGUGCUCUUAUGUCUACACUUUCAUGGCAUUUCCCAGAUCAGGAGUUCAUAAUGAAUGAUCAACAAUUACCUGUGGCUUCAACAGAUGAACCAGCUAGGGAUGAAAGUAUAAAAGAGGUCCAGAAAAUAAAAAUAAGACGUGUAAAUAUAAUUCAAGAUAUGAUGAAUGUUUUCAAGGAACCUAAAGUUCUGGAUGUAAUAUUGCGAAUUGAGUUUGUCUUUGAGAAGGCAAUAGAUGAUGAUGGAGUAUCAAGGGAAGCCUACACAGCCUUUUGGGAGGAGUUUAUGGAACAAUGUGAAGGAGAGGAGGAACGGGUCCCCAGACUCAGGCCAGACUAUUCAGAUAAGGAAUGGCAGGCUGUUGGCAGAAUAUGGUGUAAAGGUUAUGUGGACCAUGGUAUUAUACCUGUCAGACUUUCACAAGCAUUUGUCUUUGCCUGUAUUCAGGGAAUUGAUGCAGUGGAUGAAAGCCUAUUGAUGUCAUCCUUUCUAAAAUGCUUGUCUUCAGCAGAGCAAGAAUGCGUUGAGAAGGCAUUACAGGGCAACAUGGAUGAAAUUAAUAAGGAAGACUUAAUUGACCUCUUCACAAGAAUGGGAGCUCACAUCCUGCCUCCACAAGAUAAUAUGCAGUCUGCCAUUUUGACAAUGGCUCACAAAGUUUUAUUGCAAGAGCCAAAAUUCAUCAUUGAUUGCUUCAUAUCUAUUAGAGCAGUCAUGCACUGUAAUCUGAUAAAUAAAGAAAGCAUACUGAAGCUGUAUGAGUCAAAGAAGGCAACAAACAGGAAAGUAGCACAAAUUUUAAAACCAUCAAAAGAAUUCUUGAGCCAGCAUGAGCAAGUAGUCUUAAAUCAUUUACUGCGCUAUGUGCGAAGUGUAGACCAGAGAAGACUUGAGACCUUCUUGAGGUUUUGCACAGGCUCAAAUGUUAUGUGCAAAGAGAAAAUUGAAGUAGCAUUCAAUAAUUUGUCCGGUCUUAGUCGAAGGCCUGUAGCUCAUACUUGUGGAGCAGUUCUUGAGUUGCCAUGCACCUAUAAUUCAUAUCCCGAGUUUCGUACAGAAUUCGACAAUAUUCUGUCUGGCAAUUGCUUUGCAAUGGAUAUAUUGUAG